AACUGCAUUCUACAGAGGUGUAAUGGAGCUCGGAAACAGGUCUCUUCAUGAGAGAUAAAUAGGAGGGAAUGUUAGAAUCAAUCGUGUCGUUGCCAAAUACUGAUCGAUCUCCGCAGGAAGUGAUCAAGUUUUGUUGAAGUUUCGAAGUGAACGUGACUGUGACUUUUUCUACAUGUACGAUUAUUGAAGAAGGAUAUCGGUUAUUAUUGCAGCAAAUUACAUACAUUAUUUUUCAUUAUUAAAAUUUACUAUAUAAAAUAGAAGUAAUGGACAAAGACGAGGUAGUAAAAAAUAUACGAGCAUGUCUUAUAUCUUCAAAGGGUGGUCUUAAAUUAGACAACUUAAGUAAGGAUUAUAAGAUGCUUCUCGAUGAAGGUAUACCAUUUAAGAAACUUGGAUAUUCUUCCCUAAUUUCUUUUCUAAAUACCGUUCCUGGUAUUAAAACUUGUGAAAGAGGAGGAGACUAUUUUAUAGAGGCUAUACCUACUUCUGAAUCAGCACAUAUUUCAAAAUUAAUUUCACGGCAAAAGACAACAACCAAGAAACAUAAAAAAUUGGUGAAUACUCGCAAUUCAAUACCGUAUCGGCAACCUCUAAUGACAAAAAAAGUUCAACGUCCUGUAAGAAUUGCUAUUGAUACCACUCAUAUGCUUUCAAGGGAAAAUACGGGCUUCACAAUGCAGCCAACAAAAAUUACUGUUUAUCAAAAUAAUGAAAAACCAAGAUACAUCCAUGCUAUGCCACCAACGUCUCCGAGUAAAAGAUUGAAAGAGAGACAAGCGAAUGCAGUUGUAUCGUCGAACCAAAGUUUUAACAAGCCUAAAGUUGAUACGUAUAAUAAGAGCAAUGAAAAAAUUGUAGCACCUGUGAUAAAUCAGAAACCAAAGACUGUUAAUAACAAUGUGGAUAUUCUUCCUAAAGGAAAACCUUAUAAUCUUUGUGAAAGGCUCAAAGUUAAUUCUACUAUACCUUCAUUGCUUAAUAUACCUACCAGUAUUCCACCGAGUCCUCCACGAUCAGAGGUCUCGUCGCCUCUUUCACCUGGUCAAGUUUCAGCCGAUAGUAAAAUUACCCAAUUUCAACAAUCACCGCCACAAUCGACUAGUGUCAGAAAAAAUAUAUCGAAACCGCAAUCAAUCGAUCCACGGGAAGAGUUAAAAAAGAAAACUGCAACAUUAAAUCUCCCAGAACCUGUUUAUCAGAUUUGUCCUACAGCAAUUAAAAAUGCAAAGGAGCUGGCGGUAUUCGCGCAAGUUAAGAUUGGGCCUCAUGGAUACUCCAGUUACCCUGAAGAAGCACGUUCGGAAGACGAGGCUGAAAAAAUUGCAGCAAAAUUGGCUUUGCUUGAUCUUAGCGAAAAAUAUGGAUCACCGUUCAGACUCAAUGAAACUAAAAGCAGACAUAUAAUAAAUGAUCGAGUUUUAUUCAUAAUAGAUGCCCAUCCGAAUGGUAUUUUUAUGCACCAGGUGCCUAUAUAUUACAAACAACAAUAUAGAGAAAUACUACCAGGAAGCUGGGAGCGAAUUAUUGAAGAAUGUCCAGCUAUAGUGUUGGAAAAAGGAGUCGACAAUUCUGUGAUUUUGCGAAGAUAUGUUUCAUCAACUGAAAGAGUGAGGAAUGUCAAAUCAUCCAAAACUGAUAAGAUUCAAUUACAUCCAAUUGGACCUGCUGUUCCUGAACCACUGCAAUUACCUGAAGAAGAUAUUUGGCCAGUGGCAGUUACGUACGUUAUAAGUACUAUUGAGAUUUGGGCUAGACUCAUAGGAGAAGCAUACAGUGACCAGUUCAAUAUUAUGACUACGGAAAUGACUCAGUAUUAUAAGAAAUUAGUACCCUCUGGCAAGACAACGUCAAUUGAAGUUGGUAAUUACUACGUCGUUUUUGACGAUGACUACUGGUACAGAGUUCGUUGUAUCGAGUACAAUACUCUAACUGGAAUUGCUACAGUUUUCUUUAUCGAUCUCGGAGGCGAAGACAAUUUCCAUGGAAGCAAAUUACAAGCGUUAGACAAAACAUUUUGCGUGCUUCCGGCUCAGGCAUUGAGAUUAAGCCUAUACGGUUUUGAAGAAUUUUCUGAAUGCGAUAGUAUCUUGGGUCACAUUGAAAAAUGUCUGAUUGAUGAUCGUGCAUUGUUCGUUGAAGUGAUCAGUCGUGAUAAAGAUAAGAAUGGACCAUACACGACAGUGGUCUUUCAAGAUACCCACGGACCAGAUGAUAUCAACUUGAACACAGAACUAUAUAAACAAAUACUGCAACACACUGUUGCUGCUUCAAAAUUGGGCAUUGGGGGGCAACUGUCAGAAGUACUUAUUUCACACAUAGAAGAGAAUGGCAACAUUUUCGUGCAAGUGAAGUCCGAAAGUAUGAAGAUUUUAGUUAGUUUAUUACAUCGAUUAGUAUGUACCGGAUUAAACGCAGAAGAGGUUGAAAAUUGUAAGGUAACGGAAAUUGACGAGGAUAAAACGUAUUUCGUAUCGGUAAAUAAUAAUUGGUACAGAGGAAAAAUUGUGAAUCACGUUCACGAUCAAUUAAAAGCAUAUUUAAUCGAUUUUGGUAAAACUGUCAAUACAUCCAAGAACAAUCUGUUGUCCUUGGAGAAGUUAUCUGAAAUUUUAGCAAAAUAUCCGGCUCAGGCUUUGAAGGUGCAUCUUCAUAACAUUGAUAAUUCAAUGUUCAAUGAAAAGAUGGUUGCAAAGCUUAAGGAACUCGCCCCCAGUGGAGAUUCACUUCUUGUCAAAGUUGUGUCAUCGAAAAAUAAUGUGCCAGUUGUAGAGUUAUUUAAACGAAUUCAACCGAGCAACAUGCUCGUUUCCAUCAAUAACACUUUGGCUCUCGAGGACGAGCUGACUAGAUCACAAGGUGAUGGAAAUAAUAAUAUAAAACCAAGGAAACGUAUUGAACGUAUCAAUUCAAAACUUGUUGGAUGCGAGGACAAUGAAAUCAGAACUCUAAAGCCACCAAAAAUAUCGGGACUUGGCGAGUAUUUCGACGUGCAUGUAACAAUGGCUGCUCAUCCUGGAAAUUUUACUGUUCAACCAUUCGAGGAUAAGAGAUUAUUAGAAAAUAUGAUGAUUGAACUGCAAGACGCUUGUCGUAUGUACGAUGGUCCUAUUCCAACAUCAGAGACAGUAAGACAAGGCAAGCUUUAUGCCGCUAAACACAUUGAUAGCCAUUGGUAUAGGGUGUGCAUUUCAAGUAUAAUCAAAGAAAAAAUGGUUAGUGUUUAUUUUUGUGAUUUUGGUGAUGUUUCGGUACUGCCGCUACAUAAAUUGCAACCUCUGAAAAGUCAGUUCUUAAAACUGCCUUAUCAAGCUAUUAAAGCAAGGCUUGCCGGCAUACGACCCGUUAACGUUGAUUGGUCUGUUGAGGACAGUUUAAGGUUUCAAGAAUUGGUUGUGGAAAAAAAUUUCGUCUCUAUAGUCGUUGAAUCGAAAGCGGACGGACUUUCUCCAGCCGACACGGUACUGGGUUUAAAGUUAAUAAAUGUUAGCACAGAGGAGGACAUUUACAUUGAUCAGCUUUUAGUCAACGAAGGUCGGGCUGUAUUCGUGGAUUAAUUUACUCACACACCCACACACACCCACCCACACCCACACACACACACACACACACACACACACACUGAUAACAUGUGCACGUUAGGAUACGCGUAAUGAAAAGUAAUUUUAGUGGCUCAAAAAUUAACGUAGUGAAACUGGAGAGAUUGCAUUAGUUUCUGACAUUUGGUAUGAAAGAAAGAAGUAUACUUUUUCUUAACAAAAAUGUGCUAAAAAGAAACGUUGUACAGAUUCAAUAUUUUAUCUUUAAGGGGUAGGUACUUGUAUAUAAAAAUAAUCUUUUUACUAAAUAGUAUUUGAACAAAAACAUACAAAUUUCAGUGACUGCAGAUAAUAAAAAGUAUAUAAAAAUAUAGAGCGAAAGCUGUAUAGAUAUGCGUAUAUACACUUGCACGUGUAUGUGGACGUGCAUGUUGUAUUCCUUUUAAUAACAGCACUUUUGUUUCAUUUGAAUAGUUUUUCAAAGUAAUAACAACUUUAUUAAUGUUUCAAGUAAUGUGCAUUACUUGUAAUGGAUACGUUAUGUAUUACUCUGAGAAAUUAUUUAGCAAGAUUUAUAGUAAUUGCGCACCUCAUUUCAUAUAUAUAUAUAUAUAUAAAUUAUAAUUCAUGCUAUGUGUUCCCUUAGAACCGAAUUUAUAUAUCUAUCUAAUAUCUUUGUUUCUUGUCAUGCGUUGAAACAUAACGUGAUCGCAUAUAAUCCGGCUGUGGAAUGUCAAAGACUACAGUAAACGAUAUGAUGAUGACUGACAGCAUUCCAUUAUUUUGACAUACGCGUAUGCGUUUAUUAAUUAUUGUUUGUUUGUUUAUCUUUAACUUCCUGAAGCUGUAAUAUUUAAGAAACAGUAUGUAUCCUAGCUUCCAAUAAUCGUAAGACCUUCUUUUCUGUAUGUGAUAAAUCAUAUUUUACAGCAACAUCCUUUACUAUUGUCGAUAUUGUUAUUACUUAUUUAAUUUUGCUAACAUAAUUUAAUUACAUAUAUUCUGAAAACAUUAUCGAACGUAGUAUGUUGUAGUCGUUUAUAGUUUAUAUAUUCUAUAUUUUGAUCUUAUGUUAAGAAGCCAUUAAUUAUUUUCGAUGUAUGUAUUACAUGUAUCACAUGCGUUAGCUCAUUGCGAUUGCUUUAUGCAGAAUAUUUUUAUUUUGUAAAAUUAGUAAUGUAAUACUACGCCUGUCUCUCGAUUUACACAACGUGUGAAUGCGGUAUUUUUUUGUAUUUGUCACUAGUUACUUAUUGCAAUGUUUUAAUUACUUGUACAUCGGUUAAAUUGCGAAUAAAUAGUUAUAUGUUAUUACAUACAUAUUUAAACAAUUCAUUUCCGGAUUUUCAAUUUCACAUGUUUUUCUUUUAGUUUGUUCUGUUCUUGUGCAUUAUAUAUUGUUACUUACCGCGAUUAGUACAAUCGAUCACAUUGCAAUAAGAUGUACCCUUUGUGUAUAUCGAGGAUGGGCAUAAUUUACGUGUUACGUUUUGGUAAAAUAUUAUUUUUGAUAUUGAUAACUUGAUAAAAGGUGCCAAUAAAUAAUAAUGUUUACACGAA